AUGGAUACCCGACCUGACCACUUCACCCCCUCUCACCUCAACCCCCUCAUGACCAUGAACACCUCCACCACCGCCACCGACCCCGACACUCCCAUGACAGACCCAACAGACCCCACCCCGGACACACCACUCCUCAGCAUCGAAGCAAAUCCCAAUCCCCAAGCCCCCAAUCUCAACACCACCCCCCAACCCAACCGGAUUCGCCACCCCACCAGCCCCAUCCAACUCGACGACCUCUACCUCCCCAUCAUCUGGGACGAAACCUGGGAAGCGCCAAUCAUCGAAGCUCCUUACCGGCCCCGCCCGCACAAUCCCUCCCCAUCAUCCUCAUCCUCACCCACAGACACCGACAAUACCGACAUAGACACAGACACAAAGCAAUGCACAUACCUCCCCUCCCCCGAACAAUCCGACCAAGACGCAUACCCCACCACCACCACAACAACAACCACAACAGAAGAAACCAACCUCCCUCCUCCCCCUCAGCCUCCUUCCACCCCAUCCCCCCGAAAACACCACCCCACCCACACCCCCCUCAUCUGCGAAUGGAAGAACUGCACCACCAAGCACCGCUACACCAGUUACGAAGGCCUCUUCAACCACAUCAAGCUGGCGCAUUUAGAUGCCGUGCGGUGUGCGGUCUGUCACAAGGUGUUGUUGAAUGUGGGGAUGUUGAGGAAACAUGAGCGGGUGUAUGGGCAUUCGGGCAUGUCUGGGACUGGUUCCAAUUAG